AUGUCUUCCAACGGAGCUCCCACCGGCGAAGUUAGCGACAACGAGUACGUCUCCCGCCAGGGCGAUCGCCAACCCAUCGACGUCGUCAGUGACGAGACCAAGGUGGAGGAUCCCACUGACCCCGAGACUGCGGACUCUGACGCUCAACUCGAACGCGAUGACAAGGAGGCUAUUGACAAGAGCAACAUCGUGAAAGAGCGUACUCGCGGCGCACAACCGGCCGGCGAGUACCGGGAGCCUGGUGAUACGGAGGGUCUUGAGGACAGCCGUUUGGAGUGA